AUGAAUUCGAACACUUCGAGUAAUACCCCUGGUGAUAUCCAGAGGUUGAAGAAUGCCUCAUCUGAUAUAAAACAAAUGGUUAAAAGUGAAACAGACUUGGAUAUCACUGCUGAUCUCAGAAAGAAACUCCAUCGGGCUAAGAAAGAAAAAUUAGAAAUAACAACUAAGCACAAUGCAGAGCUGGCAAGCUAUGAGAGCCAGAUUGCCAAGCUACGAUCCGAGGUUGAAAAAGGAGAGGCGUUGCGACAAAGUCUGGAGUACGACCUGGCUGUUGCUAGAAAGGAAGCUGGACUCGGAAGACGGGCUGCUGAAGAAAGGCUAGCUGAGGCACACAGGAUACAAGAAAAACUCUGUGCUCAGAAUGUAGAACUUCAGGGAAAGGCAAAUGAGAUCGAGAAAGCAUUCCAGAUUUCCCAGCAGAAAUGGAAAGAAGAGUGCAUAAGAUUUGAACAUGAUUUGGAAGAAAGAGACAAUAUAAUUCAAAAUUGCCAUCAGGAAUAUGAUUUACUUACGAAAGAAAAAAGCAGGCUAGAGAAAACUCUACAGGAAGCGUUGGAAAAACAUCAGGAGGAGAAGAAUGAGAUGGAGUCUCAUAUCAGGGAGACAGCAUUGGAAGAGCUUAGAUUACAAGCAGAACAAUGGGAAGCAGAGAGAAGAGAGUUACAAUUUAUAGUACAGGAGCAAGAUGAUGCUGUACAAAAUAUGCACAAGAAAGUAGAAAAAUUAGAAGCUGAACACACGGAGUGCUCUGACCUUUUACGGCGACAAACAAGUGAACUUGAAUUUAGUACUCAACGAGAGGAACGUCUUAGAAAAGAGUUUGAGGCAACUACUCUGAGAGUGAGGAAAUUAGAAGAAAAUAUUGAAGCAGAAAGAGCAGCACAUUUGGAAUCGAAAUUUAAUUCUGAAAUUAUUCAGUUACGGAUUCGAGACCUUGAAGGAGCUUUGCAGGUAGAGAAGGCCAGUCAAGCAGAAGCUGUUGCCGAUUUGGAAAUGAUCAAGAAUGAAUUCAAAGAAGUUGAAAGUGCAUAUGAGCGAGAAAAGCAUAAUGCACAGGAGAGCUUUGCAAAACUAAACGUAUUAGAAAGAGAGUAUUUCUCCAAAAACAAGAAACUAAAUGAAGAAAUUGAGGAACAGAAGAAAGUAAUUCUAGACCUUUCGAAGAGACUCCAGUAUAAUGAGAAAAGUUGCAGUGAGUUACAGGAAGAGCUUGUAAUGGCUAAGAAGCACCAGGCUUUUCUAGUGGAGACAUGUGAAAAUAACGUGAAAGAAUUGGAAUCGAUCCUGGACAGCUUUUCUGUGUCGGGCCAGUGGACAUCAGGCAUCCACAAGGACAAAGAUAAACCUCCCAGCUUCUCUGUUGUCCUUGAGACUUUGAGACGUACCUUGACAGAUUACCAGAACAAGCUGGAAGAUGCAUCUAAUGAGCUAAGCAACAUGAAUAAUGCUAAGGAAAAGGCAUCUAAUGAACUUGACUCUACCAAACAGAAGAUAGAAUCUCACACUAAAAGUAUUAAGGACCUUCAGGAUAAGCUGGGAGAUGUCAGUAAAGAGUUAAGUCAUUUGCGCACUAAAUGUGCAGACAGAGAGGCUCUAAUAAACACUUUGAAAGUGGAACUGCAGAAUGUGCUGCACUGUUGGGAGAAAGAAAAGGCGCGAGCAGCCCAAUCUGAGAGUGAACUUCAGAAGCUUUCCCAGGCUUUCCAUAAGGAUACUGAGGAGAAGCUAACCUUCCUUCAUACCUUGUAUCAGCACUUGAUAGCAGGCUCUGUGCUCAUAAAACAACCAGAAGGCAUGCUGGAUAAAUUCUCUUGGUCUGAGCUUUGUGCAGUCUUGCAGGAGAAUGUUGAUGCCCUGAUUGUAGACCUCAACAGGGCUAAUGAGAAGAUAAGUCAUCUAGAGUAUAUCUGUAAAAACAAGUCUGAUACGAUGAAAGAGCUUCAGCAAACCCAGGAAGACACCUUUAACAAAGUGGCAGAGCAGAUCAAAGCCCAGGAGAGCUGCUGGCACAAACAAAAGAAGGAACUGGAGCUGCAGUACUCUGAACUCCUCCUGGAGGUGCAGAAGAGGGCACAGAAAUUUCAAGAAAUUGCUGAAAAAAAUAUGGAAAAAUUGAACCGUAUUGAGAAGUCACACGAACAAUUGGUGUUUGAAAAUUCCCACUUCAAAAACUUGUUAUCCCAGACCAAAAGGGAAAAGACCUCCUUGCUGGCAGCCUGUGCACUGAUGGCUGGCGCCUUCUAUCCUCUCUACAGCCGAUCAUCUGCCUUAUCUACACAGAGAGAUUUUCUCCAGGAGCAGGUCAACACCUUUGAGUUGUUAAAAUUGGAAGUUAGAACUCUAGCCCAGGCUCUGUCAACAGUAGAAGAAAAGAAGCAAGAGGAAGCCAAGAUGAAGAAAAAAACAUUCAAAGGAUUGAUACGUGUAUUCCGGAAAGGUGUUAUUGCAAUUUUGGCAGCAAACAGACUCAAGAUUUUGGGCCAGUCGUGUGUCUCUCUUUUUACCUGGAUGGAGAGUUUCAGAGAAGGCAUAGGCGUUUUAGUGUGUACAGGAGAGCUCAAAGACAAGUAUAAAUUUCCAAAACAUCAAAAGGAGCAGUUACGUUGUUUGCAAGCUCUCAGUUGGCUCACCAGUACUGACCUUCUUGUUGCAAUAAUCAGUUCCAUGGCUGAAGUACAGGAAGCUAUUAGUAAAACAGAUCCAAAUUCCAGAAUUUGUGGACAUUUACUUAUAGGGGCAGCCAAGAAUUCUUUCGCAAAACUCAUGGAUAAAAUUAGUCUGGCAAUGGACAGUAUACCUUUGCACAACAACAGGAGUAUUACGUAUGUAGAAAAAGACUCCCUGGUUCAGAGGCUGGCCCGUGGACUUCAUAAAGUAAACACAUUGGCCCUGAAAUAUGGUCUGCAAGGCCAUGUGCCCAUUUUGAAAAGCACAGCAUCAUUACAGAAGCAAAUAUUUGGAUUUACACAAAGGCUGCAUGCAGCAGAAGUGGAGCGUCGCUCACUGCGCUUAGAGGUCACAGAGCUGAAACGGAAUCUGAAUGAAAUGAAGAAGGAGCUUGACAAAACCCAGGGUCUCCAAAUGCAAUUAAAUGAAUUUAAGCAGUCUAAAUUGAUCACCCAUGAGAAGUUUGAAAGUGCAUGUGAAGAACUGAAUAAUGCGUUACUUCGGGAACAGCAGGCUCAAAUGUUACUGAAUGAGCAGGCACAGCAACUACAGGAGUUGAAUUAUAGACUUGAAUUACAUUCCAGUGAGGAAGCUGACAAAAACCAAACUCUUGGAGAAGCUGUGAAGAGUCUCUCCGAGGCAAAGAUGGAGCUGAGAAGAAAAGAUCAAUCUCUGCGUCAGCUCAAUAGACAUCUUACCCAGCUGGAGCAGGACAAGCGUCGACUGGAGGAGAACAUCCACGAUGCAGAGAGUGCCCUCCGCAUGGCAGCCAAAGACAAAGAAUGUGUUGCUAAUCAUAUGAGAACAGUGGAAAAUAUGCUUCAUAAGGUCAGAGAUCAGAUCUCGCUGUCACGGACUGCGGCAAGUAGGAAUGACUUCACCCUGCAGCUACCCAGACUGCACCUGGAGACCUUUGCAAUGGAGGGGCUCAAGGGCGGGCCAGAGGUUGUAGCGUGCCAGGCUAUGAUUAAAAGUUUCGUGGAUGUCUACCAGCUUGCAAGCGCUAGAAUUGCUACAUUAGAAAAGGAAAUGACAUCUCAUCGAAGUCACAUUGCAACCUUGAAAUCAGAACUUCACACGGCUUGUUUACGUGAAAAUGAAACUUUACAAUCAACAGGAUCACGGGACCAUUCAAAUCUCUCCAUUCCUUCAAGAGCGGCUCUUCCUGCUGACACAAUUGAUGUUGGGGAUUUUUUGCCAUUGAAAGCUGAACUUGACACAACUUACACUUUCUUAAAGGAAACACUUAUAAAUCCUGCGCCCCUGGCAUCAUCUCAGUCGUCUCCAGUGACAAUGUCUGCUACUGCCAAGCGACCAGCUCAGAUUGGAUUAUGA